UGAAAGUGUCCAGAGUCCAGACUGAAUUGUUCAUCUGGCAUUUGCAAACUGGCCGAUGACGCCCUUUGAACAGAGUACCAUGUAGGAGUAGAGAGCUCUGAAGCAAAUAUCAGAGCAAUGGCGGGAGCAAGGGAAAGCUCUCCAGAUUGGAUGAGGGAGUUCCAGGCUCCUACCACACCCCCUUCCUCGGAUUUGGACGGCAUGGCAGACCCGUACGCCCUGGACGACACCGUCGCCAACCUCCCAGCCACUCUAUCAUCUGUUCCAAAAGCUGGUGUCAAGAGUAGCGCACGUCUGAGUUCUGACUCUGUCACACUUGGACAACGCAAUAUAAGCCACAAUGGGAUACCCAAUCAAACUGCCGAGGGUCUGCCUAAUGAGGCUCUGGAAGGAUAUAGAGAGGGGGAACCUUUGAGCGGAGGUAAAAGAUCCAGGGGGCGAAGAGGGGAGGGCGCUGACAUCAGCGAAGUUGUUGUUGCGACUAAUGCUAGCAUCAGCGGGGCAGAGCGAGGGGGGCGCAAAGCUCGAGGGAAGGGUGCUGAAGCGACAGGGGGAGAGACUCAGACUGCAGAAGAGGUAUCCAGAGAGGGGGGGUUGCAGAGGCAGACUGGACGGGGGGGUGAGAGGAACCCGGGAGGGAAGAAGGGGCGGGCCGAGGGUUUGGAAGAGGCAGCGAGCACAAAAGGUGCGGAGGAUGAGGGGCUUCCAAAAGCAGGGGAAGGAGUGAUCAAUCUCGACUCAGAUGAUGAGCCACCCCCCUUAGCCACCCAGCAAUCUGUCGCUCUCGCUGAGAACCCACUCCGCGCUCGCAAACCCUCCAAAAUCGCCGACGAAACCCCUUCGAAACCCUCUGGUACGAAAAGCAAACCUCCAGUCAGCCUGAACGGUCAGACAGGCGAGGCCACUUCUCAAGGGGUCAUUGAUUCCCAACCGGAUGUAAUCCUCGAGACCGCGACUGGGGGCCAGGAUGCAGAAACGGACCCCUAUGCUUUGCCCGCGGAGACAGAAAAAGAAGUGGCGCGGCGGUUGACUAUGUCCCCUGCCGCGCGACUCGGUUUGAGCCCCCUGAAAGGCACCAGAAGCAUGGAAGCGGCGAGUGGGUUAGAUGGUGUGAACGCCUCCCAGGCAGGAAUGGAAGCAAUCGACAAGACUGGCAAGCAUUUUGAUAAGGGGAAAGUAAUGGGUGGUUCCGAAAAGCAUGGUGAGAGUGCUGGCAGAGGGAGGAAGCGAAAGGGAAUUGUAGGUGAGGAAGCUGAUGGAAAAGAGGAGGGGGGGAAGGCGUGUGAUGGCGCUGACGUCGGCGGAUCGAGCGGGUUUGGCAGGAGCGAGAGGAGUGCCCGGAAGCGUGCAAAGCCUUCGUACAAGGAAGAAAGCGCAUCAGAGGACGAAGAAAUGGACGAUGUUAGGGGGGAGAAUGGCACUUCGCAGCGUUCGGAGAAGGGGCGUCGCAACUUAGAGGGGGAAGGAGACGAGGGGCGAAAACAGAGUCGAGCUAAGCCGUCCACAAACGAAGAAAAUGAGUCAGAGGGUGAGGAAACGAGCGGGAAAGAGGAAGGCGCUUUGUCGCUCUUGGAGCGGAAGCGACGGGGCAAAGCGAAGGUGGACGUAGAACUAGACACGGAUGAAAAAGCGACUCCGGAUGAGAACAAGGUCCACAGUGUCCAGAAACGGAGGAAGAGCGGGGGUCUGAAUCUCAACGAAGACGGGGCAGGUAUUGAGAAGAAGGUCGUUAGUCCCGCGAAGAGGAGGAAGAGUGGGGGCUUCGUUCUCAACGACGAAGACGGGGCGGGCAUUGAGAAGAAGGUCGUCAGUCCAGCCAAGAGGAGGAAGAGCGGGGCUUUGGAGGAGGAGUCCGUUCUAAACGAGUUGGGAACGCAAGCGACGGUUGGGCCGACGCAGGAAGUGGGACCGGAGAGGAAGGGAAAGCCGCGGGCAGCCGCGACUCUGCCGCUAAUGAUGCCUGACAAGGUGCACCGAACCAAGGUGCUCGUCGAGUGCGAGGGCGAGGGUGAGAAUGCGCUCGACCUUAGUGGCGACGUCGGGGCAGUGGGGCGCUUUUCAGUGCUGAAGAAGCCGGGGGGAGACGGGGACAACAUGUUUCUGGAUCUGAAGGGGGUCAUGUACCGGGCGACGGUCGUGCCGUCCACGACGUUUAUGGUCGUCAACCUGGGCCCGACGGAAGCGAAGGUGGAGUCGGUCAUGAACGACUUCGUGCAGCUCCGAGAAGAAACAAACGUGUUCCAGACCGAGACGACAAUUGAGGGAACCCUAGACGAUUUCGACUUCGGCGAGGGGGCGGAGGACGAGCGCCCGGGGAAGUCCACCGGGCAAGACGCCGGACCUGCCGAAGGCGCUGGGGCUGAAGAGGGGCCCACGGGAACGGAGCGGAAAAAGGCGGCUAAGAAGGACGGCGAUGCGAAACCGAAAAAGAAGCCCAGCGUGGCGCCCAAAAAGAGAGCCGUCAAGGCUGGAGCGAAGGCAAAAGCGAAGCCAAAAGCGAAGGCAAAACCGCGGAAACAGGCCAAGGCACAAGUUGACAAGUCGAAGAAGAGCAAAAAGACCUGAUUGAUGGAGUCAGACGAGCCGAUCUCGAUGGGUUUCAUAAAGGGCGAUGCCAUCAUCCAUUCUUUGACUAAGUUGAUGCCAUUUGACCCGUCCCUCUCAACGCCAGACUCAGCGCUUGAGUUGUACCAUACGAUUGAUACUAAAAGUGUAUGCGGGGCCGCGCUAGCGGCUCUUUCUAGAUCAAAG